AUGUUUGAGAGCAGCUCAUUUUCUCAUGGCGGGCACAGGCAAUUCAACUUUCCUCCAUCAGGUCAGAAUUUAUUACAAAAUCCUCGGUGGGGAGGGGAUUUCACUCCAUCCCCCCUAUCUGGCGCUACACCAUUACCAGAGGACCCUUUCGAAUCAGGCACUUCGCAUGCACAACGCUUCCACCAAGGUGCAUAUAUCCAUGAUCACCAGCAAAUAUCGGUCCUACAAGACUGUUGUAAGACUUUAGAGCUGGAGGUGGUCAAAUUGACUACCGAGCGUGACUCCAUCAAGGAGAUGUUUGAACGGCUUGCCAGUAGUACUGGAAGGCUUCAACAGGCUGACCCUCUGCAGCUCAAUGCGCCACUCAUUUCCAACUCUAAUCGACCAUCACGCACUACACAUCCGAAUGUCCGUUUCUGGGAACAGGCCGAUUUUCAUAAGUGGUGUGACACUCCUGCGGGUCAAGGUCACCACUCUUCACACACAAACCUGGUCUAUCUUGAAGACGAAAAUGGCCGCACGGUCUCGUCACGAACAAUCAAAGCCAUACGAAGGGUGCUCCGUGGUGGCUGGAGCGAGCUUGUUACUCGCAAGAUCACCCCGCAUUCUUGGGGUAAACUAUCAGCAUCUGGAAGACAAUUGAUCCAUAACUUCAUGGAGAACAAGUUUCCCCUUUUCAAACUUGCUAACAACGGAUGGAAACUAGAUCACCUUGCUACUACGACAUACCCUGCCUGGCGCCGAAACAAUCUUGACACCAAUUGUGACUGGAAGUCAGGCGGGGUAACAUCAAAAGGAGGACGAUAA